CAGCUGACCAUCCUCCAGAGCCCAGCGCAUCCAGGAGGCAGGAGGACCACAGCGGGCGCCUCAGGCGGGCGGGGCGAGUGCCACUCACCUCCCAGCCCCGCCCUCCCGGACUGACGGCCUUUAAAGAGCGGGGGGAGCUGGGGUCCGGGGAAACGAGCGUCUGGGUGCAGCAUCGGUGGAGCGCACUACCAUGUCCCUGCAGGCUGAUUUUGAUAGGGCAGCGGAAGAUGUGAGGAAGCUGAAAGCAAGGCCAGAUGAUGAAGAACUGAAAGAACUUUACGGGCUCUACAAACAAUCUGUAAUUGGAGACAUCAAUAUUGAUUGUCCAGGAAUGCUAGAUUUAAAAGGCAAGGCUAAGUGGGAAGCAUGGAACCUCCAAAAAGGAUUAUCGAAGGAAGAUGCCAUGAAUGCCUAUAUUUCUAAAGCAAAAGAGCUGAUAGAAAAAUAUGGAAUUUAGAAUUCAACGUAUGAGGAAACUUUCCUUUUGGAGCCUUCAUAAUGUUUUGCCUAAAGACAUGAUGAGUCAACGUCCAAAUCCAACAAUGAGAAGACAUCAGCAGUGGAGGCCUGGUCCUUCCGAUCAAGCUCACCCCAAAAGCCUGGCAUUGGCUCCUUCGUGGGAUUUCCAUUUGUGGACUAUAAUAACUAAAAGUUAUUUAAACUAAUAAUCAAGAAUCUAAAUUACUUUAGCACCAGUUCUUCUGUAAGGGAACCCUGGAAGUCAUAUACCAGAGAGUAAAGCACAGCACAGCACGUACUAAACAUUUAACAUCAUUUGCUUGAGGCUAUUUUUAGCCCAAAUUUAUUAUUAUGUGAAUUCUAGCUCAAAGCCCUUUCUCCAUAACAAAUUUUAUAUUAUUUGUACUUUGUUAAAAAGUACUGGUAAAUUCUGAAAAAUAUCUCCUGUAUGCAUUUCCUUUUAUCUUAUUUACUAAGACUUUAUAUAUGAUUUUAAAAU